UAGCAACUCUCCUUAAUAUCACAUAUCCGUCGCUUCUUAUUGCUGGCAUUGGAUGGAGCCAUCCAGGGUUUUGUUCAUCCUGCUAGCACUGGCGGUGAUGGCCACAACCAUUACUACUGCAGCCCCCGACUUCCGUUAUGUUCACAAAACUAGUCGGUUUCUCGGCGAAACCUCAAACCACAGGCCUCCUCUCAUGACAUGUGACAAGAACCGUAAGGUUUGUGCCCCUGGGACUCACUGUUGCGGCAAACGGUGUGUGAACCUGAUGGCGGAUAAAUUCAACUGUGAGAAGUGUGGAAAGAGCUGUCGGUACACGGACAAAUGCUGCCAGGGAGUGUGCGUGAACCCAAAUGUGAACAAGAAGCACUGUGGCCGCUGCAACAACGAGUGUGAGAAGGGAAGCUCCUGUGCUUAUGGGAUGUGCAGCUAUGGUUAAGUGGAGUAACUCAUUUGGUGAUUAAAUUUCCCCUUUAUACUGGAAGAAGAAAAGAUAUUUUAUAUGAAGUUAUAGUAAAGUAAGUGAUAUGCUUGGUAAUUAGGGUUCUAGAUUAUAUAU